CAAGCGCGCUACAAACCGGAUGAGUUUCUCCUGACAAGAGCGGUUUACUUCGCCUUGACCAUGAUGGAAUAUACUACUAGUCCUGCUUCAAUAUUCAGUUAAACACUCACUUAGAUUCUCAAUUUCAUGUCCUGACAAAGCUUGUGAGAUAGAAUAUCAACGUUUUAAGGAGGAUGAAUACAAAUUACACGUGGUGGUUAUAAUUCGAUUUUCGCUUUAGCACAACUUUUGUGUUAAUCUUUGGUAUAACGUCAGUAAGCUAUUUAUUACCUUGUAAUAUGUUGUUGGAAGUACUGCAAGGAACAGAAGCUGGAGGGUUCAUCUUACUUCAAGAUACAGUGAGCUACUCUGGUCGUCACCUCCUGAAAAGCUACAUCAGUACAGCACUUAAACGGGAGGAAGAAGUUGUCCAUGUUUUGGGAUUCGAGGCUUGUGAAAAAGAAUUCAGAGAUGGACUUGAUAGAACUAAUGCACAGAGGCUACACUUUCACAAUGCCUACUCAGACCCUCUUGGCUGGACCGGAAACUCAGCCUUUACUGUACACCAAUUUACUCUAGAGGACGUAAGCACAUUAAUCAAACAAACUCCUCAGGCCAAAGCAGUGACACUAGUCAUAGACUCUCUGUCAUGGAUUCUGAGGCAUCAUGACCCUGCUGCUGUCUGCCAGAGACUUCAGGCUCUCAAAAAAGGGGGCGCUGUGAGAACAGUAAUUGUCCUGGUGCACACAGACAUGCACCAGCGAGGUACCGUGGGGAGCAUACGCCACUUGGCCACCUCUGUCGUCACUGUGGCACCGGGGACUCGAGGACUGGGAGCUGUUGCUAAAACCACCAGACGCACCAAGUCGGGCAAGCUCAUGCAAGACGAGGAGACCUUCAGCAUCAACGAGGACCUGUCGGUUACAAUACACAGCAAACUCAGUCAUCCGGGACACACGCACGUGAAUACAGAUGAAACCGAGGUGGAUCCGACAGCCAACCUGACCUUUAACCUCCGCCUGUCUGACACGGAGAGACAGGCCAAAGAAAAACUGGCGCUUCCCUUCGUCUUCAGUAAAGAGAAGAAGUCGGCACUUCUCCAGCCUGGCCCGGGAUCAGGAAGGAUCCUCUAUGAACCUGACGCCAAUGAUGAUUAUGACCAGGAGGAUCCGGAUGAUGACCUAGAUAUCUAGAGGACUUUGCUAAUGGCAACUAAGAGCACAUUGCUGUGCUCCAAGCAAUUAAUUACACAUUUACUGCAGACACAUGCCGGAACCAUAAUAAAAGCCUGCAGUUACUGUAUGACAUUUUUUUCUGUUGUCUUUCUCUGAGGAGAUUUUUCUGCUGAAGAAUUAAUAAUGUUAAGAUCGAGAUGACAACACUAGAUCUAUGACUGGUAACAAAUGUGUUUAAAUCUAUUUUCAGGUUGUCUUUAUUUCUUAUUUUUUUCCUGACAGUGAAAUUUGUAUUCUGCUGCAAUAAAAUGCAUUGGAAAUUCCUAUCUCAAAAUGUAUGGUACAAAAUGAAUGUGUUUGCGCUGUUUCUACUGCUAAACACCGGUGUGCCAGCAUGGGUCCAUAAACAGAUAUGCAUUGUAUGAGCCCUUUAACCACUUACGAAUAAACAAACGAGUACCUUUUA